CCAACUAUUUUCAGUUACUUUUUUCUUCUUCUUUUUCUGCUUCCUUGCUUUCCUCUUUCCUUCCUUUCUCUCGUUUUUGAAUGAUUUAUUUCCUCUGCCUUUCCUUCUAUCCUAAUAUUAUUUCCUUUCCUUCUUUUAUCACGUUAAUCCUUCUUUUCUCGCUUUAUUCUUUUUUUUCUGUCAUUCAUUCUGUACUUCAUUUUCCCCCCACAGGAUGAUGAAGCACACACACACACACGACCGUUAUUUUGCCCCUGCAGGAGCACUCUGUUCCCAUCGUAGUCGUCAUCAGCAUCUCAAACUGCUGAACCGUGUGUGUGUGUGUGUGUGUGUGUGUGUGUGUGUGUGUACGCGCUGUAAGCUGCCACUGCAGGGGAAGUCGAUGGGACAGGAGGGAGCGCCAAAAUUAACGGGGCAUCUCUGUCCUGCAUUAACAUUCCGCUCGUGAAAUCUGCGUGAGCUCGAGCGCAGGCGGACAGACAGAGUAACACACCCACUGACCGCGCAGGAGCUCGGUUCAGUUCGGUUCGGUUCUGCGAAUCCGCCAGUCGUGUCGUGAUACCAGGACCAGGGAGGGACACCUGGCUGCCUCUCCGGUCCUCCCUGACACUGACACCAGUGUUACGUUUGGAUUUAUUUAUAUUUUUUCCCUUCAUCUCUUUUGCACACUGCGCACUUUCCCCUCCUCGUGAUCACUUCACCGACGCGCACGAGGUAAGCCACGUUCUCCUCGCGCCUCGUUUCUAAUGCACGCGCGUAACCCAUCUUAUUUUCCUACUGUGACUAAGCGAAUAUCUGCAGACUGCUGUGGCUUUGCUUUGCAGCGUGUCACCGCAUUAGUACAGGGUGGUGUGUGUGUGUGUGUGUGUGUGUUCUGCACUGGAUGGAGGAUUAUAGAAGAAGGGUCAGAUGUUUAUCAUGACAGGACUAGAUGGUGCUCAGUGAUGCAGCAGUAAACAGCAGACAGGAUGGGGAAUUCCCAGCGCACAGCUGCAGACGCGCGUGCAGAGCAGGACGGGGAAGAACAAUACGCAGAAAUCGGGUGGUAAUGUUAACUCCACUGUGCGCGUGUAAUUCUGCGGUAUGGCGUUCUGGAAAGACGCGUUAUAAGCGUCUUAUGAAGGAGGAUCCGAUCUGCGCUCCGGUUCACAUUAUUUAUGACGUAAUACACGCCCCAGUGCCAAGUUGUGGCUACUUAUCAUGAAUUGUGUGGCUGGUUAACAGCAGUCCACCCUCUCCACUGAUCCAAGUUUAACAGUUGUCCUAGUCUGUGCCUUGUCUCUCACCCAGGAUCCAUAAUGAUUGCCAUGUAAAAUAACCUACAUUUCCACAAAACCUUCUCCAUGGGAACAUUUUCUUUCUGAUAUCUGCCCCUACACAAGUAUAGGCUUAGAAUAUUCCCUAAUAUUCAUAGACAAAUAACCUACCAAUAAUCUUCUUUGAAGACACCAUCCAUUUCCUGGCCUUGCCCCCCUACCAGCAGCAAUCAUUCGGCCGUCUCUCGCCACAGCGGUCCUGCCAUCCAGGCCCCGCUCCCACCAGGCGCCCAGCAUGGCGCCCCAGGGGCGGGAGCACCUGGUGGCACGGGAGCAGCAACAGGGUGCACGAAGACGAAGCCCUCAUCUUCGCCACACGCUGAGCCCCGAAAACCUGAGGAGCCUAGCCGAGCGUGGCGGCACUGAAACGUCCGCAGCUGGGACAGCAGGAAUCACUAGAGCUAACAGUGACACAGACCUGGUCAGUUCACAGGGUCGCUCUUCCCUCACAGCCUCUACGCUGGAGUUCACUCUCGGGCGUGGACAGAACCUAGUCAUCUCCUGGGACAUCAAGGAGGAGGUUGAUGCUACUGACUGGAUCGGCCUAUAUCACAUAGAUGAGACCUGUCCAUCAAACGUGUGGGACUGCAAGAAUCGUGGUGUGAACGGCACACAGUGUGGUCAGAUUGUCUGGAGGCUGGAGGCUGGCCCAUACUUCCUGGAUGCUGAGACCAGAAUCUGCUUCAAAUACUAUCAUGGUUUGACUGGAGCCUUGAGAGCCACCACGCCGUGCAUCACUGUCAAGAAUCCUCGAUGUUUGGCUGACGGCCAAGGCGAAGGACAGCUGACUUCAGACACCAGUCGAAAACUGCUCAGCUUCACCCUGUCAGAUAUCCGAGCCAUGGGACUGAAGAAAGGGAUGUUUUUUAAUCCCGACCCCUAUCUAAAGAUGAGCAUUCACCCAGGCAAAAGGAACGGGUUCCCCACCUUCUCCCACCAUGGCCAAGAGAGACGAUCUGGCAUUACAACCAAUACUACAAACCCUGUGUGGCAUGGAGAGAGACAUACAUUUGUGGCCCUGAUAACUGAUGUCCUAGUUAUCGAGGUUAAGGACAAGUUUGCUAAAAGUCGGCCGAUCAUUAAACGCUUCUUGGGUCAGCUAAACAUUCCUGUUCAGAGGCUGCUGGAAAGACAUGCAUCAGGGAACCAAUCCCUGAGCUUCUCUCUCUGCCGCCGCUUGCCUACUGAUAAUGUAAGUGGUCAGCUGCAGUUUAAAGUGGAUAUCACCUCAACUAAUCAGGACGAUGUCACACCUGAGUCAAUCCUCGGGGCAGCAGCCCUUAAUGGGCCCCCUGGUACCCCUUCAGAUGAUGAAGAUUUGCCCCAUCCUCUUCCUCCCCCUUCUGGCAUUCUGUACCCCACCCGCUCCCAAAGUUUUCGUCGAAAUGGUGAAGGAGGUGGUGCUCUAUCACCUGAUACCGAGAUUUGUUCUGGUGCCUUGGAUGAAGAAGCUCUACCUUCGCUCAGCAUACUUCAGAGAACCUUUAGUGAGCAGCUUGAUGCCAUUGAGGCUCCCAAAGGACCAGGUGAGCGUCCAAUGGGCGCAGCAUCUCCAAAACUGAGUUCCAGCUUCCCUACUCACACCCGCCUCAGUGAUAUGCUCCACAUCGACUCUGAUGAAGAUGAGGAGAGGUCUGCUGGUAUUGAUCCCAUACCGCCUGCUCUGAAUGGUCUCACCAGAUGUCCAGUAAUGCUCCACAAACCUCCUGAAGAACCUCAGGAACUGGGGGAGCCACCAGAAGAAGUUGGGUUAGAGUCAGAGGUGGAGACUCUGAGUUUAGGGACUGAGGUGGUUCUGGAGCCAGAGGUUCUGCCCAGUUCUGUGGCUCCACAAGUAGAGACCGCAAGUCUGAUGGAGAGACAGGAUGAAGGAGAGGAAGAAGAAGAAGGACUGGGGCCCAGUGAGGAGUUGGCCACAGAGGUGGAUAUCUCCUCCAUGGCAUCUGACUGUGGCCCCAUGCCUAUGUCUGCUGCUCAGGAAGCAGAACAAGGGGCAGAGAUGGCUAUAGAUCCAGGGGGAGGGGAUCUCUCAGAUGACCCACCCACAACCUAUGAAGUCAUUGAUGCUGGAGGUGAACCUCCUCUGACCGAUGAGUUUGAAUUGCACACACCGCCGCCAGAGUUAUUGGUCCAUGAGGAUGAAGAUGAGGUGGAGGAGGACACAAUGUCCCGGAGGUGGAGUCUGGAGGCAACAGCAGGUGUGUCACAGGAGGAGGAUGAGGAGGAGGAGCUAAUGCAUUCAGGGGAUGCCGGAUCUGUGGACUCUGAGACUUUUGCUACAGACACAAACGUAGAUCCAGGUCCCACUCAGCUAAACGGGCACCAGCAGGUUCAUUCACUUCCCUCUGUAAGACAAGACAUCCAUCGGUAUCAGCGUGUGGACGAGCCGCUUCCACCCAACUGGGAGGCUCGGAUCGACAGUCACGGCCGCAUCUUCUUUGUGGAUCAUGUGAACCGGACCACCACGUGGCAGAGACCCACAGGCCCUCCUGCUCCUCAGGGCUUAACCCGCUCCAGCUCCAUCCAGCAGAUGGAGCAGCUCAAUCGCAGGUACCAGAGCAUCCGUAGAACAAUGACCAGCGAGAGGAGCUCAGAGGAACAAAGCGUAGAUUUUCCUCCUGUUGAUGAUAUGGAAAUGCUGUCCCACUCCGUCUCCGACUACCGUAGAGACGGCUCUUUGGCUCAGACCAGCUCUCACUCCCGUCUCUCCCUGCUGCUUCAAUCUCCUGGAGCCAAGUUUCUCUCCAGUCCUGACUUCUUCACUGUGCUGCAUUCCAACCCUAGUGCCUAUCGCAUGUUUACAAGCAACACGUGUCUGAAGCACAUGAUCAGUAGAAUACGGAGAGAUGUGCAGCACUUUGAACGCUACCAGCACAACCGAGACCUGGUCACCUUCCUCAACUUGUUUACCAACAAGCAGCUUGAGCUGCCACGCGGCUGGGAGAUGAAACACGACCACACUGGCAAGCUCUUCUUUGUGGAUCACAACUGCCGUGCCACAACGUUCAUCGACCCGCGGCUGCCCCUGCAGAGCUCACGCUCCAGCGGCCUCCUGGCCCAUCGACAGCAUCUGAGCCGCCAGAGGAGCCACAGCGCUGGAGAGGUACAGGUGGCAGAUGACUCUCGCUCCCCAAGCCCACCCAUGCAACCUCGACCCUCAAGCACUUUUGCUGGCUCCAGUCGCAACCAAUACCAAGACCUGGUACCUAUGGCUUACAAUGAGAAAAUUGUGGCGUUCCUUCGACAACCAAACAUCUUAGAGAUCCUACAAGAGAGGCAACCGGAGCUUGUGAGAAACCAUUCCCUCAAAGAGAAAGUCCAGUUUAUUCGUAAUGAAGGUGCAUCUGGAUUGGCUCGGCUCUCUGGUGACGCAGAUCUGGUGAUGCUGCUCAGUCUGUUUGAAGAAGAAGUGAUGUCGUACGUGCCGGCCCAUGCCUUACUGCACCCCAGUUACUCUCAUGCCUCCCCACAAAGCUCCCCUGGAACUCCGCGUGCAAAUGCUCGCGCCCCUGCGCCUUACAAACGUGACUUUGAGGCUAAACUAAGAAACUUCUACCGCAAACUGGAAACAAAGGGUUAUGGACAGGGCCCAGGAAAAGUGAAACUGAUCAUCCGCAGAGAUCAUCUACUCGAAGAUGCCUUUAACCAGAUCAUGUGCUACUCGUGUAAGGACCUGCAGAGAAGCAAACUGUACGUCAGCUUCGUAGGGGAGGAGGGGUUGGACUACAGUGGCCCAUCGAGGGAGUUCUUCUUCUUGGUGUCCCGUGAGCUCUUUAACCCAUAUUACGGACUCUUCGAAUACUCGGCCAAUGACACCUACACUGUGCAGAUCAGCCCAAUGUCAGCCUUCGUGGACAACCACCAUGAAUGGUUCCGGUACAGUGGGCGAAUUUUGGGCCUCGCUCUGAUUCACCAAUACCUCCUGGAUGCCUUCUUCACUCGUCCAUUCUAUAAAGGACUGCUGCGCAUUCCAUGUGAUUUGAGUGACUUGGAGUUUCUGGAUGAGGAGUUUCAUCAGAGCCUGCAGUGGAUGAAAGACAACGACAUUGAGAACAUGCUGGAUCUCACCUUCACCGUCAAUGAGGAGGUGUUUGGUCAGAUUACAGAGCGGGAGCUGAAGCCUGGAGGAGCUGGUGUCCCAGUGUGUGAGAAAAAUAAGAAGGAGUACAUUGAGCGCAUGGUGAAGUGGCGCAUUGAGAGAGGUGUGGCUCAGCAGACGGAGAGCCUGGUGCGGGGCUUCUAUGAGGUUGUGGACGUGCGUCUGGUCUCGGUGUUUGAUGCCCGCGAGCUGGAGCUUGUCAUUGCUGGAACUGCAGAAAUUGACCUGGCUGACUGGAGAAACAACACAGAAUAUCGAGGAGGUUAUCACGAUGGUCACAUUGUUAUCCGAUGGUUCUGGGCGGCGGUGGAGCGUUUCAACAACGAGCAGAGACUGAGACUUCUUCAGUUUGUCACAGGUACUUCAAGUGUUCCCUAUGAAGGCUUCGCCUCUCUCCGGGGGAGCAACGGGCCACGUCGCUUCUGCGUUGAGAAAUGGGGCAAAAUUACUUCCCUUCCAAGGGCUCACACCUGCUUUAACCGUUUGGAUCUUCCCCCAUACCACUCCUUCUCCAUGCUUUACGAGAAGGUGCUCACUGCUGUGGAGGAAACGAGCACUUUUGGUCUAGAGUGAUGCUUCUGCACGGUCUCUUUUUCGUGUUCUUCAAAAUCUGAAACCUUUUUUGCCUUUUAUUCUGUACCCAAAUCCUCACUUCAGUCUUAAUAAUGGCCUUGUUUCCUGGACCCCUUUCUUCCUCUGCUAUAAAACCAGGAUUAUGUGACUAAAGCAUGACAGCUAUUUCUGGGACCUAUUCCUUCUGGGUCCUCAAACACACACAAACAUAUGGUGAAUGCAUUAGAUACUGAGCAGGAACAUAAAACACUUCACUAGUCUUUAAUACAGAAAUUCCUUCUUACACGCAAACAAAGCCUACUAACAUGGUAAAUAACGGUUCCACUAAAAUCCUCUGUAAGCAUACACAAUAUUUUCACCCACUUCACCAGAGAGAAGACGAACCCACAUGUACAAAAUAAACUGGUGGAUAUACUGUAUGUACAUUUCUCACGUUACACUGAUCGGGUGAAUGAUUUGUGUUACAGCACUGUUGUCGUUCAGCACUGUUGUAACUGUAGAGCUUGUUCCUCAUCUAAACAGAGAGAAACCUUCAUUUAAAGAUGAGUGUGUGAGAGAUGAGGAAUUUAACACACUUUUGUGGAUAUUGUGUGUUCUCAUAUUUAUUUUACUGGCGUGGCUUAGUGGUGAGGAAUCUGUGCAAUAUUUAAUUACAAUUAUGCUAGACACAUUUUGAACUGCUUCUAAUGUAGAACAUGAUAAAACGGCGAGAGAAUCUAUAAUUGCCGCUGCUUUCACAUAGCUUAAUCUGUGUAAUGAAAAAGAAUCAGUGAAGAUUUUCUUCCACAGAGCGAAUCUAGUGAAUUCGUGUCGCAAUGGAAUGCCACCCACCUUGAAACAUAAUCCCUUCAGCUUUAUUGUAUUUGACUGUGCUGCCUCAAACAAGCCAAAACCAAAUGUCAAGUACUUCAUUGCAUGUUAGUAAAGAAUUAUUUUGAUCACA